AUGCUCGACAUAUGCAAACCUCCAUCCAUAUUACCUGCGGAAAGGCCUCUCGCUCUGUGCUUGCACGACGAUAUCGCCGUCUUAUGGUAUUAUGGUAUGGAUGGGGCGCCGUCAGCUACAAUCUGCAGCCUCCCAGCCCAUGGUGCCCGCUACAUUCAACUAGAGGUCGUUGCUCCCGAGACAAAUUCUGCAAAGAUGGCGCACUUGGAUGUGGAUGCAACAGAAGUGGAGGCGAGUGCACCCACGAGCAAGAGCUCGACAUAUAGCUCGAACGGGCAGAGUGCGACGGGGAGGGAGGUCAUUCUGAGAAUGAAUGAGUUGAAUAUCCAGGUCGGGAAUCUGUGCCCGUUCUUCCCUCAGGACAAAGUCUCCGAGUUCGCGCAGAUGACGCCGGCCAGCUUUUUUGAGAAAUGCAGCGUGCGGCUGGUGACGAGUGGUUAUGUAAGCGCGUGGCACGAGACGUUGAUCAAUGCGGGGAAGGAAGCGAGGGAGAUGCAGGAGUUCCUGGACGCGGACAGAGCCCAGCCGAAGACGCUCGAGGAGCGGAACAGACAGCUCGAGAAUGAGGUGGAUAGGUUCAAUGAGGGGAAGAGGAUCGAAGAUGAGUUCGCAAUCCUCGAGCUUCUCCUCAGUACGGCCGCUUCUUCACAUCCAGUCGCCGAACCGAUCACGACGAAAUCGCCGCCGCCACACAGCGAAUAUGAGUCGGAGGCAGAAGAAGUUGGGCAUGGCCGAGAGGUGGAGGGAGAUGUUAGUAUGGUGUCGAUCCCGGAGGACGACGCGAAGGAGGCGGGGUCGUUGGCUAUGGUCGAGCCGUUACGGAGGAAGGACUCGUUGGCGGGUGGGGAGUCAGAGGGCGUUCAGGGACCAGAGCGACCUACGCAGGAAGAGUCGCUACCGGAACGAUCUCCUCGAACUCAGAAUGCGACUCGUAUUCUGAGUUCACCCAUCCUGUCGCCAGCAUCCACUGCGACGCUGUUCACUGCACAACCGCCAAUUCCAUAUAGCCCUACAGAACCUCCCAUUCUCGAAUCCCCUGCAUCGUCCAACGUCGUCUAUUCCGCCUCCCACCCGCCGCCACCGUCGUCAUCUACGCGAUUUGCUGUUCUUUCAGUCUAUAUUUCCGUCCGUCGGUCUCCGGACACCUUCUGUGCCGCCCUCCUCGUUUAUCUCCUUCCUUCGCUUCACCACCCUUCCCUCCCUGCCUCGCCGCCUCCCCACUCCUCAUCCCAUACCCACAUCAUCAGCGCGUUCACUCACAUCACCUCUCCCCAUCCCAUCCCCCCACACCCAACAGCCUGCAAAACCUAA